AUGUCGAAAGAAACCAAAGCCUGGGCUGCUACUUCUCCUCAAAAAAUCGAGGCUUCAACAAUCACUCGUCGUGCUCCAGACGACCAAGACAUCGCAAUCAACAUCAAGUUCGCUGGUAUCUGUCAUUCUGAUAUCCAUACCGUCCGUAGUGAAUGGAAAGAGGUCGAGUACCCGCUCGUUGUUGGGCACGAAAUCGCUGGCAUCGUUAGCGCUGUCGGAAAGAACGUUACCAAGUUCAAGGUCGGCGACCGCGUUGGGGUAGGGUGCAUGGUGAAUAGUUGCCGCGAGUGCGAUAAUUGCAAGGACGGAGAAGAACAAUACUGUGCAGACAUGGUCGGAACGUACAAUGCGAAGGACCCCAAGGACGGGACGAUCACCCAGGGAGGCUAUUCUCAAUACGUCGUCGUGGACCAGGCGUUCGUAUUGAACAUCCCUGCAAAUCUUCCGUUGGACAAGGCAGCGCCGUUGCUCUGUGCAGGUAUCACGGUAUUCUCGCCGUUGAACCACUGGAAAGCUGGGCCCGGAAAGAGAGUUGGGGUCAUCGGACUAGGUGGCCUAGGACAUGUCGGUGUCAAAAUCGCUAAAGCCUUGGGUGCCGAGGUUACCGUUUUCUCCCAAACCGAUAGCAAGAAGGAACUUGCCAUGCAAUUUGGCGCAGAUGCGUAUAUCGCUACAGGUGAUCCCAAGGCCUUCGACGGACUCGAUCGCAAGUUCGAUAUCAUUCUCAACACGGUUUCCGCCAAAAUUCCUCUUGACAAGUACCUAUCCUCGCUUCGUCGCGAUGGUUCCCUCGUUCAAGUGGGCGCGCCGUCAGACCCUCUGCAGAUUACUCCGUUCAGUCUCUUGCCACAACGUAUUGGCAUCCACGGAACCUUGAUUGGUGGCAUUGCGGAAACGCAGAAGAUGUUGGAUUUCUGUGCUAAGAAGCAGAUUUUCCCUGAGAUUGAAGUAGUCUCCGCUUCGUACAUCAAUGAGGCGUAUGAUAGGGUCGUCAAGUCCCAGGUCAAGUUCAGGUUUGUUAUCGAUGUAUCGACCAUGUAA